AUGGUCAAGCAGGUCGUCAUCCUGGGCGCUGGCUACGCCGGCCUCGGUGUCGCCCACAAGCUGCUCAAGUACACGCAGCCCAAGGUCAAGGACCUCAAGGUUAUCCUCGUCUCCCCCUCGACCCACCUUUACUGGAACUGCGCCGCCGUCCGCGGCCUCAUCCCUGGCGAGUUCUCCGACGACACCCUCUUCAACCAGAUCAAGCCCGGCUUCGACAAGUACCCCCAGGACGCCUUCGAGUUCGUCCUCGGCAAGGCCACCAGCUUCGACCCCUCCACCAACACCGUCCAGGUCGAGACCAACGAGGGCCUCAAGUCAAUUGAGUUUGCCGAGCUCGUCAUCGCCACCGGCUCCUCCCUCGCCAGCGGCCUGCCCUUCAAGACCGUCGGCACCCACGAGGAGACCUUGACUGCCUGGCACAACCUGCAGUCCGAGGUCAAGGCCGCCAACUCCAUCAUCGUCUCCGGCGCCGGCGCGACCGGUGUCGAGACCGCCGGCGAGCUCGGCCACGCCUACGGCUCCACCAAGCAGAUCACCCUCAUCGUUGAGGGCGACGCGCCCCUCCCCGGCCUCCUCCCCAAGCUCGGCAAGAUCGCCGCCACCAGCCUCGCCUCGCUCAAGGUGAAGCUCGUCACCAACGCAAAGGUCACCGAGGCCGACACCUCCGGCUCCCUCAAGUCCAUCAAGCUCUCCAACGGCGAGACCCUCACCGCGGACCUGUACCUGCCCCUCUUCGGCGUCCGCCCCAACACAUCCUUUAUCCCGGAGAACCUGCUUGACGAUAAGGGCAACCUGAAGCUCAAGCACGACCUGCGCGUCGAGGGCCUCAGGAACGUCUGGUGUGCCGGUGACGCGGGCAACCUCGAGGCCAAGCAGCUCAUGCGCGCCGAGGGCCAGGCGCUGCACCUCGCCGACAACCUCGAUGCCGUCCUCACCGGCCAGGAGGCCAAGGUCAAGGACCUGAAGCUGACGACGAAGCCCCAGAUCUUUGUCACGAUCGGCAAGAAGAAGGCGACUGGUCAGUUCAACACGAUGAAGCUGCCCGGCUUCAUCGUCAGCGCGGCGAAGGCCAAGACCUUCUUCACUGAGAAGGGCCCGGGUCUGGUCGCCGGCAAGAACAUUGCCAGGGCGUCGAUCUAA